CAGUAGUGUUUGAAACGCGUUACAAUACGUUUCGAUGUGAAAGUGAUGAAUCAAAUGAAAUUAGAAAUAAAAUUAGCUGCACAUUGUUAGGGAUAAAUCUAAUAAAGAUAUUUUUAAAUUCGUUAAAUAUCAGGAAAGUGGAGAAAAAUAAAAAUAGAAAAAUUUUAAUAUACAAGCAUUCUAAAAGGGUACAAAAAAUUAUAUGGAGAUAUCAGCCAAGUUAAUGUUACCGAAAGUGAAUUUUGAACUUUAUUCGAUUUGAUAGACUACAUUUACGGCCACCAGAGACAUCCCGAUACUCUCCUUAAUAAUGUACAUAUAAAAAUAUAUAAAAAUUUUAAAAAGAUCCAUUAAAUUUUGGAAAAUUAUUAUUUAUUUAAUUUCUAAAAACGUAAACGAUAAAAAAAGAAAUAUAUUUAUAAUGGUUGCGAAUAUUUUUGGGUUUGAGUUGUGAUUAUGUUUUGAAGGUCUCCACAAGGUUUUCUUCAAUUGAAUAAUACUUUUUUAAAAAAAUUUUUUCGUGUUUUGUUUAUCGCAUACAAGUUUUUCACACAAAAGAAAUUUAACGUUAAUUUUGGAAACAAAGAGGAGAGGUUACCACAAGAAAUAAUGAAAUAACUAAUAAAAGGAGAGAAAAACUAAAGCAUAGAAACUUUUUAAUUUUAUGAAAAUUUUAUUAAAAAAAAACUAAAAAAAAAAAGUAUUUUACUCGUAAAAAAGUUAAACGCCAUGACUUGCUGCCGCAUUAUGUUAAUCUUAUGCUUUUUACCGUUUUUCUGCGACCCCAUCUGGUCAUUUGCUCAACUGGAUUUACCUCCUUAUGUGCAACAAAUUACACCGAAACCAGAAAUAUAUUACAAUGGUGAUAAAGUGACUACGCCUUUACAGACGCUCGGUGAUGUUGAUAGAGACCGAAGAUUUGGCCCACCCUAUGAUGAAAAAAACAGUGAAGAUGGUAGCGAUGACUUUAGGAAUGGUCAAACCUAUGAUGAAAAAAUGCGUUAUGGCUUCUACGGGGAACCAUUUAGAUCUUAUAAUUCGAAUUUUGUUGGUGGCGAUUCUCCAUUUAGCGAUAAAAGUUUGUUCGACAGCAAUCGUAAUCAUAACAAUGAUCAACAUCGCUUUAGUAAUCAUAAUUAUGAUAACAAUCCGUUCAAUUAUAAUAACAAUCGUUAUCGCAAUAAUAAUAACAAUAAUAACAACGAUAAUUUAAUACCACAGCCACCCUUAAUAAAUGCCGAAUUAUACGAUUUUAAUAAUCGUCAAAAUCCUUUCGAUCCAAAUCAGGAUCGUUUUAAUUUAAAUCAACGUUAUUUGGAUCGUCAACGUUUUCAGCAGGAUCGACGUUAUCAGAUUGAAUUGGAAAAAUUAAGAAAUCUCUUAGUUGAAACAGAUCAUCGGGGCUCGGUGGAAUGUACAAAUAAUGUGGCAGCUCAAUGGAAUUUCGAAACUAAUGUUAAUGCCUUUACCCAAACGGAAGCGCUUAAUGCUCAACAGCGCUAUGUGGAAUACCAACGUUUAGUAGCUGAGCAAUCGAAAAGUAUUAAUAAAAAUUUAAUACUCGAUCGUAAAUUAUAUCGUCAGCUUAUGUUGCAAUCAGAAGCGGGAGCUAAUGCCUUACCUCUAGACACUUUAGACAGAUAUAAUCGCUUGAUUAACGAAAUGUUGUAUAUUUACAAUGGAGCUACGAUUUGCGGCUAUCAGCAACCCUUUGCUUGUAAUCUUCGUUAUAUUCCCGAUUUAAAAGAAAUCAUGGCCAAAAGCCGUGAUUGGGAUGAGUUGCAGCAUACAUGGUUGGAAUACCAUCGGAAAGCGGGUCGAGAAAUGCGUGAUGGCUACGAGCAAUUAAUUGAUGUCAUGAAUGAAGUGGCAUAUGUCAAUAAUGUUACUAAUGCUGGCGAAUAUUGGUAUUUGCCUUAUGAAUCGGGUAACUUUCGUCAAGAUGUUGAUAUUGCUUGGGAGCAAAUUAGACCUUUGUACGACGGCUUACACGCUUAUGUCCGUCGUAAGUUGCGCGAAUACUAUGGGCCGGAAAGGAUAAAUCGUAUAGCGCCUUUGCCUUCGCAUAUUUUGGGCAACAUGUAUGCUCAAUCAUGGUCGAAUAUAUUGGACAUUAUAAUACCGUAUCCAGGAAAGAAAUUGAUAGAUAUUACUCCCAGAAUGCUCGAGCAACGUUAUACGCCGUUGUUAAUGUUUCAGUUGGCCGAGGAGUUUUUUACUUCGAUUAAUAUGAGCGCUGUUGGACCGGAAUUCUAUCAGAACUCUAUAUUUGAACAACCCGUAGAUAGGAGAGCUCUUUGCGAACCCUCGGCUUGGGAUUUCUGCAAUCGCCAUGACUUUAGGGUUAAAGUGUGUGCGGACAUUAAUCAGAAAAGUAUGAUUAGUGUACAUCAUGAAAUGGCUCAUAUACAGUACUUUUUACAGUAUCGCCAUUUACCCAAAGUCUUUAGAAAUGGAGCUAAUCCGGCUUUCCAUCAAGCCAUUGGUGACGCAGUUGGACUAUCAGUUUCCACUCCCAAGCACUUUCAAACACUAGGCUUACUUCAACGUUCUGUCGAUGAAAGCAGUUAUGAUAUCAAUUAUCUAUUUUCAAUGGCAAUUGAUAAAGUAGCAUUUCUGCCGUUCGCUUUAGCUUUGGACAAUUGGCGUUACGAUAUUUUCAGUGGUAACGCUAACAAGCAUAUGAUGAAUUGCCAUUAUUGGAAUUUAAGAGAGAAGUACAGUGGCACUAAACCACCUGUGCUACGUUCUGAGAAAGAUUUCGAUCCUGGAGCCAAAUAUCAUGUGCCAGCUAAUAUACCAUAUAUCAAAUACUUCGUUUCUACAGUAUUGCAAUUUCAAAUAUAUCGUGGCAUGUGUCGUGCAGCUGGUCAGUAUGAUGUGAAUGAUCCCCGCAAACCUUUACAUAAAUGUGAUGUUUAUCGUCACCCUGAAGCGGGCAAUUUACUAAAACAAAUUAUGUCCAAAGGGGCCUCUCAGCCCUGGCAAGAGACUUUGGAAGAAGCUUUGGGCGAGGGGCGUUUGGAUGGCAGUGCUUUACGUGAAUAUUUUGCACCCCUCGAGGAAUGGUUGCGGCUCGAGAAUUUACGUACUAAUGAAUACGUGGGCUGGAAUUAUGACGGUGAUUACUGUAAGCGUAGCAUAGAAACCGCCAAUCUACAAGUUUUUGGCGGUUAUUAUAAUGACGCCAAUCACCAGCAACAAUAUUUACAUUUCAUGAAGUUGUUAUUAAGUCAUUUAUUCAUAUUCAUGGUAUGCAAUGUCAUAUUGAAGUAAGUUUAAUUCAAAUUUUACGCAUUUUAUAAUUUUUUAAUUUUUUUUGUUAAGAAGAAAAUUUAAAA